GGCCCAAGCGAGCGGGUCCCGCGGAUCACUGGCCAAGCACGCUGGAGCACCCCCCCACCCCCGCAGCGGCGCCCCCACUUUCCAACCCCUGCGGAGAGAGCGGAUGCAGAUGGUUCGGGACACAGGCCUCUCCUUCUGAUGAAAAGAGGAGGGAAGGAUGGACUACACUCACCAAACUGCCCUAAUCCCAUGCGGACAAGACAAGUACAUGCCCAAGAAUGAACUUCUCCUACAUCUGAAGACCUACAACUUGUACUAUGAAGGCCAAAAUCUGCAACUCCGACACCGAGAGGAAGAAGACGAGUUCAUUGUGGAGGGGUUGCUGAACAUCUCCUGGGGGCUGCGCAGGCCCAUUCGGCUGCAGAUGCAGGAUGACCACGAACGCAUCCGUCCCCCUCCAUCUUCCUCCUCCUGGCACUCUGGCUGUAACCUGGGCGCACAGGGCACCACACUGAAGCCCCUCACCAUGCCCACUGUUCAGAUUUCAGAAGUGGAUAUGCCUGUUGAAAGCGUCGAGACACACAGCCCAACAGAUUCAAGAGGCCUGAAGCCUGUGCAGGAGGACACCCCACAGUUGAUGCGUACACGCAGUGAUGUUGGGGUACGUCGCCGUGGCAAUGUGAGGACAUCCAGUGACCAGCGACGAAUCAGACGCCAUCGCUUCUCCAUCAAUGGCCACUUCUAUAACCACAAGACAUCAGUGUUCACGCCAGCCUAUGGCUCUGUCACCAAUGUCCGCAUCAACAGCACCAUGACUACUCCGCAGGUCCUGAAGCUGCUGCUCAACAAGUUUAAGAUUGAGAAUUCUGCAGAGGAGUUUGCGUUGUAUGUGGUCCACACCAGUGGGGAAAAACAAAAGCUGAAGAACUCCGACUACCCCCUGAUCGCCCGCAUCCUCCAGGGCCCAUGUGAACAGAUCUCCAAAGUUUUCCUGAUGGAGAAGGACCAAGUGGAGGAGGUCACUUAUGAUGUGGCCCAGUAUAUAAAGUUCGAGAUGCCAGUCCUUAAAAGCUUCAUUCAGAAACUCCAGGAGGAAGAAGACCGGGAAGUGGAGAAGUUGAUGCACAAGUACACUGUGCUCCGGCUAAUGAUUCGGCAAAGGCUAGAAGAGAUAGCAGAGACCCCUGAGACUAUCUGAGCCACGGGAAUGAAGGCAAUCCAGACACUCCAGGGGCCGAGGCUGACCCGAGAAGACCCAUGGGAAGCUAGGUAUCCUUCCACAGAAACGUUUUCACACGAACCUUGCAGCCAGCACUGCUCCCUACAGUCAGACACAGAAGCAGCAGGCAGCUCCUCAUCUCUGGAUCCCUGCUCUUUGUCUCAUUCUCAAGGACUUUCAUCCUAAGGAGGACCCACAGUGUGUAUGCUCACCUACCUGAGUGUGUGUAUGUGUGCACGCACACAUACGCAAGCGUGCAUCUGUGCACUUAUUAUGUCCACAUGCUUCCCUGAUGUUCUUACAUUCGGUUAAAUUCCAAGCAGCCAGCAGGUGCCAUGAGGUUGGCACACAUGCCACUCCUGUGCAGGAAGAACAGGGGAGUGACUGAGGCUUUUUGCCUCUUCCAGUGCCAAAGGCAGCCACACGGAUCUGCCAUGUUUGAUAGGGAAGUGGAGGCUGCAGGCUCACCGUUUGGAAUGUCUGAAGGUUUACAGCAGAGAUUCUUCUCAUUUGCCAAGAAGGAUGAGUGACCAUGAGAUCCUUGGGAAUUAGUUAAGUGGCAGCCCCAUGCCCUUGGGGCAAGUCCAAUGAAAUGGAAAAGCUGCUUCACCUUGGGGCAAAUGCAAUGAGUCUAUGAGUUUUUGCACUGGAAAGGUUAUCAUUGUAGAAAGCACAAUUAAUGUCCUGUCCUACGCAGACACCUGGAAAGAAUGGAUUCUGCCUUCGUUCUUGGCUUUGUGGAUGCUUCUGGGUUUUUCUGCUCUCUGGCUGCCACUUCAAUUCACUCUGACCUGCUCAUGUACCUGGGCCAGGUGUGUGCUGGAAUAAAUGGCACUCAAAUGUUUUAAGCACUCGUAGACUGAAGGGAAGGUUAUGAGCCACCGGCUGAGAUGACAGGUGCCUUUAAGCCUAGCCCACCAAUUACAUCAGUAAGAGUAUGCCCCACAUGGAGUCGGAGUGUUGUAUUUGAAGUUGCCUGUUUUUCUUUCUAGCUUUUGCACACCUGCAAGCUCCUUUAUGUUAUACAUGGAGAUGGAUUCCAAGAAUGGAGACCUGCCCUGUUGUUCACUCAACAUAGGGAGUAGGGAAGCUCUUUGGAGAGUUCCAUGAGUGUGGGCAGAGAGGACAGUGCUUGCUUAGCUUUUGAGAGGCCAUGCUUCUGAUUUUUAGAACCAGCCUCAUUGGCAGAAAGGUCAGGGAUGACCCUGUAUGUCCUCCAUUUGGGAUGCUGUCAUGUAGCUGGUCACCUGUGUGGCUUGCACCAUUUGAGGUUGGACAGAUGGUUGGGCUUGCUGCUGGUCUCUGAAACUCAACCAAGCAAGAUGAGCAUCUCUGAGUCUUGCUACAACAGGGUGCUCUUGCCUACCUGUUCUCUAGAAAGCUCUUGAAGCCUAGCAGAUGAGGGACUGAGGAGUCCUGACCAGUGUGCAGCAAACCUGUUCCUGUGGAGGAAUGUUACUGUCCUUCACCCUCCUCAGAAGGCUCACAGCAUUGGUCUCAUUGUGGGUUCUCAAACAGGUGGCUUGUGGCCGGCCAUUUUGCUGGGUAUCACUUAGCAACCUUGUUCUUCUUCCGGGACAGUACAAUCCAUCAUCCCAUGAGCAGUGGGGAUGGAAACCCAGUGAGUCUUAGUUUCUAUCAUAGACUCCAAAGACAGAAAAGCACAGAACUGGGGAGUGGGGGAUGCAGCUUUCCUUAUGAGCAUACACUCCAGUAAAACUCUGAACUCACUGGGCAGCUGGGGUGGGGGUUCCUAUAUUACAGACAAACAACAGCUUUGUGAAUGCAAACACUUGAGAAAAUUUGAUUUGGAUAAUUUCUCUUCCAGUUUUCUUUAUUUUGAAUGUUCAGAGCCUGUGUUGAUCCACCAUUUUCCCUUGGGAGCUUGGGGGUUUCCACGGAGCACACUAACUGGGAAGUUAUUUCUGAUUUAUGAAAGCUCAUUGUGAUAAUGUCAAUAUGUGACUGUUUCUGGGUGUCAGGUUGCCAGGCUCUCCAAGAUAAUGGUGUCAAGAUAGAUGGCUUUUAAAGAAUGGGGUUCAGAAAGGGAGUUGGGGUCCAUGUUCACUAAACCACCUGGGCACAUUCCCUAGAGAUUGCUUCUCAUGUCCAAAGAACUGGUCAGGAGUUUGAGGAAAUUGGCUGGGGAUGAAACUCAGUGCUAGAGUAUUUCCUUAGUGUGUGUGAAAAGCCAACUUCAAUCUCUAGUAACACACACGCACACACACACACACACACACACACACACACAGAAGAAAACAAGCAAGCAAGCAAUCAGCUGUGGUGUAGUCCAGUGGUAGAGGGAUUACUUAGAAUGUUAGGACCUGGUUCCUGACACCUGCCCCAAGCUCCACACUACCCCGUGAACUUUGGAAACCUUUAACAUAGCCACAACAGAACAGACCUCUACUGUGGCGACUGGAUUUUCUCCCUGGUCUCCCUUCUCCUCAAAGCUUUAAAUUCCAAGUCUGAUUAGUGUGGGUUUAUGUAAUUGGGUGCAACGGACCUGAAAUCCUGAGAAAUAAAAGACUAACACAUAAGGCGGUGUGUUGGGGGUGGGGUGGGGGUGCUAAUCCAACAUGUGAAAAGAGUUUGGACUCUUCCCCUCCCCCACCUCCCACCCCUACCCCCACUCCCACAAAGGUUUACGUUACAAGGUGGCCAAGUGACAGAGAACACCAGCCUCGGUCUGAGUGAGGCGGUGAAAUCAAGCACAGGUUCACUUUGUCGGUGACCAUUUUAGUGGGGAAGUGAUUUCUUAAAGCGGGUGGGGGGGGUGAGUAGGAAAGGGGCCCAAAGCACAAACACCAGCCAUGCCUGCGCUGUUGGUGAAGGGCACACUGCUAACACACUGGACAAAUGCAGCUGGAGCCGAGGCCGGGGAGAGAUGGCCUCAGGACAGUGCUGCAGCCCAAGACUGAAGUGUUGGUCUGAGACAUGCUGAUGGUUUGGGAAGAAAUAGCCACAAUCUUCUCCUUUUCUAACUAUUUCUAGAAACUUCCAGAUAAAGAAAUUUUAUCAUUUUAUCCGUGUCAUAUGAUGGUCCUCUAAAAUCUGAAAAAACAUCUUGGCAAAGAUUGUGUUUUGUGGUUUUGAGUGUACAUUUGAUGUCAGGAGGGUAGAUAAAGAAACUGGACAAACAGGGCAAGAAGCAUUCAAGAAUUGCUGGUGCUUCAAAAUGACAGACACAGUAAAGCCUCAGAACAAAACCCAACUUUUAGUUGAAGCUUUGUAACAUGGAGAACUUGGGGUUAGGGAUACAUUUUCAAGAAGGAAAUAUGUCCAGUAACCAAAGGAGUUUUAAUGUCCCACAGGAAUAAGCUUUGCCUUGGGUGAGGGAGGAGGCAGGAGGCUGCCCUAGCUUGCUCCCACAGCACUGCCUGUUUUAAAGUUUCUUACUUAGGUUGUUUUCUGUAAAGCCAGGCUUCUGCCGGAUGAGAGAGCAUCUAUAAACCGAUGUGACAUCCCUUCCUUCAGACAUAAUUGAAAAUGUUCACCAUAUCUUGGGGCUACACCUCCCUUCCUCCCUCCUACUCCCAUUAAACUGAGCACAGAGGUGCUUAAGCUGUGAACUUUCCAGAAGCCCCAAUUCCAUGCUGCUGGGUUCUGGGGUUACUACUAGUGUUUCUUCAGUUUUCCCUCUUAGUUGGGUGGAAUCUAUUUUUCCUUUGUCAUAUUUGCCUAUUAGGAAUGGUACAUGACUUGGUUCAACUGUCAGUUAUGAACUGAAAAUCAGUGUGCUUAGGUGUCUUACAUGAUUGGAUGGGGCCUCAGUGGGGAGUCAUGGUUUUGUAACCUUUUAAUGUUUUUGUAAUGUACCUGUCUUAGACCUUAUUUAAAUAAAGCACUUUUAGGACCGAG